AUGUCCAGCCUAGACAGUCAAAGAGAGCAUAUGCUAUCUAAUGGAAAGAACCAUAAGAUCAGAGGGUUACUGAUUGAUGAAGAAGGCAAAGGAGAGCCAGAUAUAGACGAAGACUUUGAAAUCGAAACAAAACUGAAUAUAGUGCAUUAUUUUUGCAUCUUUCUUGCAGUGGGGCUCGCAUUAUGCACAGUCUCAGCAACAAUCUACGCGUGGGUUGAAUAA